CCCCCUCCUACCUCCCUCCCACACUCUUUAAGAAGUUCUCCGGCCAUGUUGUCCACUUUCCCGGCCAUCUCGCCGGCCAAUGCCAUGCUCGGAAACCCUUUUCCGGCUCUCGACGGCUGUUUCACUCUGCGGGACGACCAGGGAAUUUCCCCGGUCGUUCAGUCCCAGAAACCCGUUCUUUUGAGUUCCGGUUCGGAUGAACCGAACCGGAACGAGAACCCGAACCCAAACGCUGUCCGUUCGAAUUCCUGUUCGGGAUUGUCGAGCCGGACGAACCAGGAUGAUUCGACGAUUGACGAACGUAAGAGGCGGCGGAUGAUAUCGAACCGGGAAUCGGCGAGGCGGUCCCGGAUGCGGAAACAGAAGCAUCUAGAAAACCUGAGGAGCCAGGUGAACCGGCUGAGACUGGAGAACCGGGAUUUCAUGAACCGGUUGAGAUUCGUGAGUCAUCACUGCGAAGCGGCGGAGAGAGACAACGACCGGCUCCGGUCGGAGUACAUAAUUCUGCAGCAGAGGCUGUCGGAAAUACGGCACCGUUGGGUAUUGAUCAGGCGGCUUCAACAAUUGUCGUCUGCAUGGCCAUGCAAUAACCCAACGAUGCCGUCGAGCUUCAAUGAACAAAUCUUGUCAUUAACGUGUUUCAACGCACAAGACCCAUCAUUAAUUAUUACUCAAUAAAAAUAAUUAAGACCUCGAUCAUCAUUAUUAAUCUCAUAAAAAAAAAUACUCAAAGGCACGAGCAUGCACGCUACCUACCUAGGAUUAACCCCUCAGAUAUAAUCCAUUCUGUGUACGUGGGCGUCUGCAAAUUAGAAACGAAGGGGGCGCUGGGGGAGGAAGAGCUGCGAAAAGGAAGAACAAGUGGGGAUGGGGUUUCGGUGGCUUUUGCAAAAGAGAGAGAGAGAGAGAGAGAGAGAGGUUAAUUUGAUUAGCGAAGUUGAACCAGAUAGAUUUUUAUAUUGUUCUGUAAAGAUAAGGGUAGCUAAGCUAAUUAAGCUAUAUAGUUAAUUAGUGGUUGGCUCUUGAUUAUUGUUACGUAAAUCCCAAGUAAUUAAUUAAAGUGUUUUCAUGUAUAGAAUUAACGUUUUACUCAA